AUGAUUUCGAUACCCGAGUCUCGCGUUACACUUCCAGGGUUUGGGCCGAGUGUGUUUUCUAUUGAUCAACUUCUGAAUAUUUCUUAUCCUGUGAUUGGUUCUUCUUAUGUUGUUUCCUCCAGCUUAGCAGGAGUGUUGCCCCUAGAAAUUGGCUCUCCUGAUUUGAAGCGUAGGCAAAUCCUUUCACCCGAUCAAUUUGAGCAAUUUUUUCAUAAAAUUUCCGAGGCAGGCCCUCAUUGCGCUUCUCAUUUAUCUUUGGAUCACGUUGCCCUUGAACCGGAAGAAUUGGAAAAGGCAUGUCGUUUUAUAAUCUGUUCUGAAAAAAUUAUUUCUACCAUACUUGGGCGGGAUCUCAAGUUUUUUGACAGGUUAUUAACCUUACGAGAUUGUUUUUUGGAUGUGGAGGUGAAUUUGCGGGUUGCAGAGGGUAUGAAGCUUGCAAGUGAAGACAUGUUGGUUAAGGCCGGGGAGAUGUAUGCCGAUCUGUAA